AUGUGUGCGCUUUUUAGUAUGAGUUAUGGGUAUGGACCUGGAGAGGGGGCGGGGGUUUGGGUUUCUUGGGUUAUGGCGUUGUUGUUGAUGGUGGUGGUGGUUUUUGGGGUGAUGUGGGUGAUGUAG